ACCACCUCCUCAGCUAACAGACUUCUGUAAACGCUCCCUCUUGAAGCCCUGAUUCACCUAUAAAUAUCUCCCCAAAAACCUUCUUUUCCUCUUCAUAUUUCAGUAUUUCAAAGCUCUUUCUCUUUCCGUGUCAUGGCGACCUCUCUGCCAUUUGUGGUUCUCUUUGCUAUCUUGAUUCUCUUUCUCUUCAUUUCCCAUGCAAAUGCCACUGGUGGCUUCAACUCCACCUCCACUUUCUCUCGUUCGCCACCACCACCACCGUCACAAACGCUGCACUCAACUUCAAUACCACCGCCCCCUCCGCCGCCUACCAUCUCUAACGACCUCCAUGAAAACUCCUUCUCUCACACAGCUCUUCUCGCUCCAAUCCUUUCCCAUCUCGGCUUUAACGAGCUGUCCAUGGCUGCUCCUUCUCUCUCAUCCGACUCCUCGACCAACCCCUGGUCUGGCCCCUCCACAAUCUUUGCUCCCUCUGACUCUUCUCUCCACACGUGCUUAUCUUGCUCCAUUCCAAAUAUCCUUCGUGAACACAUUAUUCCUGGUCUUUACACCAUCGAUUAUCUCCGCAAGCUCGCCUUUGGCACUAAAAUAGAAACUCUAAGCCCUGGCCGUUGCCUCACAGUGACUUCCACUUCGAUAGAAAACGCAACCGCAUCAGCCACUGUGGAGAAGGUUUUCAUCGGUGGCGUGGAGAUAACGCACCCAGAUCUGUUCAACAACGGUCUGAUUGUAAUUCAUGGAAUUCAAGGCUUUGUCGCUCCUCUCUCUCCAUAUUCUUGCGAUGUGGAGAGAUUAAACUCGCUUUCGAUUCCGUUUUACAUGCCAGAUCGCGCGUCUCGCCAAAUUCACAACCAGCCUCUGGCGCAGCCUGCUAUCUUGCGCUUGAUGCUGCGUGAUGCCAUGCUCAGGCUCCGCAACAAUGGCUUUAGCAUCCUCUCUCUCGCUAUAAGAGUGAAAUACGCUGAGCUGGCGAGCUUAAACAACAUGACUGUUUUUGCUCUCGACGACGUUUCAAUCUUCUCUGGAUCUCACUCUUACAUUAGUAGCGUAAGGUUUCACAUGGUGCCCGAUCAUUUUUUGACGGCUACAGACCUGGAGAAGCUACCAGUGGGGGCCACACUGCCAACGCUUGAAAGAGGGCAGUCUCUGGUGGUUACCACUGCUGGUGGAGGAGGUACAGCAGCCUAUCCGAUGAGGAUUAACUAUGUGAGAAUUAAAGUGCCUGAUGUGAUCCGUAAUCUGAAGAUUGUCGUACACAGUGUUUACUUGCCGUUUCCAAGGAUUCAUCCCGCUGCUGCUGGCUUUGAUGGGAUCCUGGGGGAAGACUUGGACGGUGGAGAUCAUGCAGUAGUAGAUGGAGCCUGUUCAGCUGUUACGGAGGAAGGUGGAAGUUGUGGUGGGGUCCGUAUGACUUAGGUUAAGCCAACGGUGGAAAAUGAAGAUCACCACGGACUGCAGGUGAAGUCUGCAGAGUAAUUUCUUUUGCUGAUAUUGAGGGUGUCCGAUUGAUAGCUCAUAUUAGCUUGCUUCUGCAAUAACGGUGUUCCUUCAGUACUGUUAGUCUGAGUUGAGUCAAAAUUUGUUUUUAGCGGUUUUUGGUUGCCCCAUGCUAGUACAAAAACGAACGUGUUGGGAGGAUACUUAUGUACCGUAUGCCAUGGAAAUGCCUGUUACGAAUUUUUCUUAUGAAUGCUAUUUUAAUUCUCAUUUCAUUUGUCGUC